AUGCAAUCACGAACUAUAUCAUCAGCCGAUGGUGAUCAAUUAUUGGCUGUAUUUAAUCGUUAUGCACAUCAUGAAGAUCUUGGUGAACGUUAUAUGACACCACAUGAAUUUUUACAAGAUUAUUUAGGCUAUUUAAAAGGUGAUAAUAUAGAUCCAACAACACUUGAUAUACUUUCAUCAUUGGUUGACUUAAAUAAAGAUCAAAAAAUUACAUUAACUAAAUUUAUUAAUUUUGAAUCUUUAUUAUUGGCAUCGGAUUCAUUAUAUCGUUUAGCAUUUCAAUUAUUUGAUCGUCGUGGACAAGGUUUUAUUACAUUUGAUGAUUUUCAAUAUAUAAUAUCAGCAACAAAACAAUUUAAAGAAUUUCCAUUUAAUUUUGAUUCUGAUUUUAUUACAACACAUUUUGGUGCUAAACGACAACGACAAAUAACAUAUAAAGAAUUUACACAAAUUUUACUUGAUUUUAUUGAUGAACAAACAAUACAAACAUUUCGAAAACUUGAUAAAGAAAAUCUUGGUUAUAUAUCAUUAAAAAAUUUUGAAACUAUUCUUCAUGAAUUACGGCAAUAUCAAUUAGCAGAAUUCAUAUCAAAACAUUUACAUGAGAUUGUUAAAUUAUCAUGCUCAACAACAUCAACUAAUCAAAUUUCAUUUCCCUAUUUCGCAGCAUUCUUACAAUUAUUAUCAAAUAUUGAAUCAAUGAGAAAAAUUUAUUUAGCUAAACGUGAUAAAAUGUCUCAUACAUAUAAAUCAUCGAUGAUAACAAAAGAAGAAUUUUUAACUGAAGCUCAACAUUUUCCACGUACAACGCCAUUACAAAUCGAUAUUUUGUUUGCUAUAACACAUCUAUUACAUAAAACACAUGCUGGACAUGAAAUUGAAAAAGAAUAUAUUGAAUUCAGUGAUUUGGAUGUAAUAUCAGCUAAGGAACAUUUAUUACCUUAUCGAUUAAGAUCUGAAAUUGUUGAUGAAUAUUAUAAAAUUGAACAUCAAAGUGUUGUUAUGAAAAUUCUUGAAAGUGGUUAUCGUUUUACACUUGGUAGUAUUGCUGGUGCUGUUGGAGCAACAGUUGUUUAUCCGAUUGAUCUUGUUAAAACUCGUAUGCAAAAUCAACGAACAAGUAUUAUUGGUGAACGUCUUUAUCAUAGUUCAAUUGAUUGUUUUAAAAAAGUUAUUCGACAUGAAGGCAUUUUUGGUUUAUAUCGAGGUUUAAUUCCUCAAUUGGUUGGUGUUGCACCAGAAAAAGCUAUUAAAUUAACAGUGAAUGAUUUUAUUCGUGAUCGUCUAACACUGGCUGAUGGAACAAUUCCAUUUUGGGCUGAAAUUAUUGCUGGUGGAUGUGCUGGUGCAUCUCAAGUAACAUUUACAAAUCCAUUAGAAAUCGUUAAAAUUCGUUUACAAGUUGCUGGUGAAAUUCAUUCAGUACGUCGACCAGCUGCAAGUGAAGUUGUACGUGAACUUGGUUUUCGUGGUUUAUACAAAGGUGCUCGUGCAUGUUUUCUUCGCGAUAUUCCAUUUUCAGCUAUUUAUUUUCCAACUUAUGCUCAUAACAAAAGACGUUUUGCUGAUGAACAUGGUUAUAAUGAUCCAAAAAGUUUAUUUAUAUCAGCUCUACUUGCUGGUAUACCAGCUGCUGGUCUAUGUACACCAGCUGAUGUUGUUAAAACACGUUUACAAGUACAAGCACGAAAAGGACAAACUAAAUACAAUGGUUUGAUAGAUGCUUUUAAAAAGAUUUAUAUUGAAGAAGGAUGGACAGCAUUUUGGAAGGGUGCUGGUGCACGUAUGUUUCGCUCAUCACCACAAUUUGGGUUUACUUUGCUCACCUAUGAACUUCUUCAACGUGCAUUAAAUAUUGAUUUUCAAGGUCGAAAAUUAGAAGGUUCAAAACAUGUUGAUCAAGAACAAUAUUCACCAAAAGUACGUUCAUCAAUUAUACUUUCAACCAAUCCUGAUCAUGUUGGUGGAUUUCAUUUUGCUCAAGCAACAUUUGAAGGAAUUGAAACUCGUUUUGGUUUGGCUUUUCCUAAAUAUAAAUCAUCACCUUCAAAUGAAUCUUCGUCUUUGGUACCUCGAUUAACUUCAUUAGUUGGUGUACCUGUUUCUCAAGUUACUGAUCCAAAAUAG